GAUAAACAACCAUCUCUGAUCAGAACAUCUCUUAUCAGGAUGUUUCAAAACAAUGAUUGCGUAUUAUCGUCGUUCCGAGGUCAACAAAUGCACCGAGGUUCAAAUUGGAAAUAAGUCGGAAACUUUGAAAUGAGAAAACAAACGACAUCGGAUCAUAACUUUCUUGGAAGUGAAAUAAGGUUUCUACUUAAACCGUGAAGUUUUAAAUACAUUAGAAUUGAUUGUUUGUAAUAACACUACAAAAUAGGAAAUGUACAGCAUAACCGGUAUAUGGAUAAUACGUUUUAAAGAAUUCAAAAUUGUUUGUAUAAACCGAGUAAUUGCAAGGCAAACUAGGAACUGUACAGCAUAACUGGUAUAUGGAUAAUAAGUUUUAAAGAAAUCAAAAUUGAUUGUAUACACCGAGUAAUUGCAAGGCAAAAUAGGAAUUGCACAUCAUAACUGGUAUAUUGAUAAUUAUGAUGUGAUUUGCCAAUUGUGAAGUUGGGAAACAAAAAUGAACAACAGUUUCACAAAUGAAACUUACAUUUCUGAACAAAAGAUUUCUCAUUUUUUACAAACCAUAUUCAUAUUCCUGUAUUCUAUAAUCGUAGUAAUAGCUAUAGGGGGAAAUAGUAUUGUUUGUUAUCUAGUGUAUGCGUACAAACGGAUGAGAACUAUUCCAAAUUAUUUUCUUGUGAACUUAGCCAUAAGUGAUAUAAUCAUGGCGAUUUUCUGUAUUCCGUUCACAUUUGUGGCCAAUCUUUUAUUAAACUAUUGGCCAUUCGGUGAAACCAUGUGCCCUUUAGUGAGUUAUUUACAAGUGGUUGCAGUGUUUCUGAGCGCAUAUACAUUGGUUGCAAUGAGUUUUGACCGCUAUAUCGUCAUUGUGCACCCAUUUAGACCACGAAUUACUACAAGAAAAACCCUGUGUGUUAUUAUUAUCAUUUGGAUAUUAUCUUUAUCUAUACCCAUUCCAACAUUAAUCAAAUCAAAAGUGCAAUAUUAUUCAAACACAAGUGGCCAAUGUUUAGAAACAUGGGAUAACAAUCACACUUUAAUGUAUGCCUACAGUACAGGAAUAAUGGUAUUACAUUUUUUCGGACCAUUAGUUGUGUUGAUAUUCUGCUAUAGUAGAAUAGGAUAUAACAUUUGGAAAAAAACUCUUCAUGGAAAUGAUGAAAAUAAAAGACGAUUACAGUUAGCGUCAGCAAAACAAAAGUUAAUAAAGAUGAUGGCUACAGUUGUAGUAUUUUACGCACUUUGUUGGCUUCCGUUCCAUGUGAUAACAUUGGUUGGUGACCAUGACCAUACUAUAUAUGACCAAAAGUUUAUGCCAAGUGUAUGGGUAUUCAGUCAUUGGUUAGCUAUGAGUAACAGUUGCUAUAAUCCAAUAAUAUACAUUUGGUUGAGUCCAAAAUUCCGUGCCGGAUUACAACUUGCCGUACAAAAAUGCACAAGAAGAAAGUCAAAGAACUGUGAUUCGAACGAAAGUCUAGAAAAAAUUGGUCAAAACAAAAAUGUUAUUUUAAGAAUCGAGAAUAGAUCGUCAAAAGUUGACUUUUGUUAUAAAAAGGGACAAAAACCAUGUGCUAAUUUUGAAAAACUAUUGGCCGGCGAUUAUAACAAAAUACCAGGUAGUAUACACAGCGACACAUAAAAAAAGCUUUUUCCAGAUGCCAAACACAAAGGAGCAAAGACAAUACCAAAACAAAUGCGCCAAAUUAUUGUUUUUAAUUUGUUAAAAUCCAAUUUUAGUGAUAAAAUAUAACAAAAUGUGAUUAAGUGAUAAUGAUAACAAAACUGAUAUGUGAGGAGCCAUGCUGAAUCGUACAAUCCUAAAAUCAAAUUAUGUUAUGGGAUGAAAUUGGAUAUUAACGGUUGUUUUAUUGUGGUAUUUGAUAAUGUUUGAAAAAA